AUGAGCAUUUCAAAACCAACCAAUCUUCCACGUGGUGCGUGGGAUAGCCAUGUGCACGUCGUUGACGAGGAAGAUUUUCCUUUCGCACAAGAUCAUGCAUUUCGGCCGAAGAAAGCAAGCCUAGAGGACUUACUCAAGUUCGAGGAGCAGCUUGGUACCGAUCAUGUCUGCCUUGUCGCCGUAUCGGUCUAUGGCACCGACAACAAUCUACUACUCCAGUCUCUCCGUCACCUGAAAGGCAAGGGGCGCGCGGUGGUUUCCAUAGACCCGGAAACGAUAUCCGAUCAGGACCUGGACGAGAUGCAGGCCUUGGGAGUCAGAGGCAUUAGAAUCAAUCUCAAGUCCACUUCGCAGAACAAGAGUAAGGAAGAACUGUUAACAACAUUGAGGUCGUAUGUCCAGAGAAUACACCGUUUGAAAUGGGCAAUCCAGCUGCACAUUGGCCUUGCAGAUAUUGAGAAAAUAGCGAGCGAGGUUCCAAAAUUGGGGGUGCCAGUGGUCAUAGACCACCUCGCAACGCCGAAUGAGACUCUAGCCCCACGUCUUCAGCCCGGGUACACGGAGUUCAUGGAUCUGCUCUCCAGGAAGCAAGUCUGGGUCAAAUUGAGCGGCAUCUAUCGAUUCUCAAAGUUGCCAGAAUUGGACGCUUAUGUUCGAGAGAUCCUUCGCAUUGCACCAACUCAGGUAGUGUGGGCUUCUGACUGGCCGCAUACCGGGGGCGUUGCAGCCAAUCCGCAGGGCGAUAGGAAGGCAGUGCAGGAUUAUCGGAAAUUUGAUGUUCCGGCUUUCAUUGCCCAGUGCAAAGAGUGGUGCGGAGAAGAUGAAGCGCUGAUACAGAAGAUCUUCGUGGACAAUCCUCGAAGACUCUGGCAAUACGAGGGAGAAGAUUGA